UAGAGUUUAGACCUAGGCUCCCUACAGCUUGCAGUCAUUGGUGGAGAACCCAAAGUGUAGACCUUUCUUGUGUGUGGUUGGUGGAGAGCCCGCAGUACAGCCCUUUCUCUUGUCAUUUUCCACGGCACCAGUUCUAACCUUAAGUGAGAGGACUGACCCCUACCCCACGGUGGGCAUCAGUAAACAAGUGGUACUUACUUAGGCGCCAGAGAGAAGCACGUUGGUGGCACAGAGCCUGGUAUCUCUCCCAUCUUGCAACUGAUGGCAACAGAGCUAAGGACUGGGGGGCGGGGGGGGCACGGUCUUGUUCCUGUGUUUGUGGGAUUUGAGUUUCUGAUGUAGGAUAAUCACUGGUGCCUUCCCAGUUGGAACUGACCUGGCAUGGAGCCAGGACUGCCGCCUCAGGGCAGGUAUAAGAGGCCGGGAGAAGGACUGGAGCCAGGGCGGGGCAGAGACACCAGUCACACACAGAAGACGAGAGUUGGGACCCAAGUCACUGUGUCCAGACAGCCAGGUGGACAGGCCAUUCUAGGUUGGCCUUCUCUUUGGGGGGAAACAGAGGCCUCAGUGGAUGAGCUGAGCUGCAGAAGGGUCAUCAGUGAUUGUUGGGGUGAGUAUCUUCAGCCGCAUUCUUCCUAGCUCCCACCCUUCCCUUCCCUUCCCCUACUGACCCUCACCUUGGAUUUGACUGAGGCUCAAGAGGAGGCCAAGUGGGCCUUUGUCAGGAAUUGAACACUGGAUCUCUCCAAGAGGCGGGUGUGAUAACCCCUGGCAUUUAUCCAGUGGCACCAAAGGGCAGGUGCUACAGCUCACCACACAAAAUUGAGCACAGGAGAGGGAGGAUGGAUGGGAAGACGGAGGCUAGGCUUAGCAUCCUGAUGCUUGGACGUUAUCUUCGUUUCUUACAAGACAGACGUAGUGCUAACAGAUGAGGAGGGGCAGAGUCAUUGCCCAAGGUUGCAAAACCAAGUAAGGGUCUCUCUCUCUCUCUCUCUCUCUCUCUCUCUCUCUCUCUCUCUCUCUCUCUCUCUCUCUCUCCCCUAAUCCCCCUCCCUGCCUCCUCUUUUUCCGAUGGCCUUGUGCACACAUGGGCUAAGCUACCGUGUGUUGGGUAAGAGGGGGAGGGUGUGAUUUGCCACUAUCCCUGAGCUACAGUCUGUGCUCUUUCUCUCCCCUCUCCCCACUCCUUUCCUUCACUUCCUUUUCAUUUUCCCUUCUACUUCCUUCUUUCUUUCCUUUCUCCCCCUUUCCUUCCCCUUCCCUUCCUUUCUCUUUAUACUAGAAUUGGAUCCAGGGCCUCAUAUUUGCUAGGUAAGUACCUAGCACACAGUACCUCCUACUGAACCACACACUCUUGGGCAAAACUAUGUCUUCAAAAGGUCAGUUCUUCGGUCUGAUCACAGCCCUUCAGGCUUUUACACACUCAUUGGCUGACAGGGAUGCAAAUUGUAGGCUGUCAGUCCUGGAAAGUAUUCUGAGGGUUUUGGUACAAUAUGUUGAAUGUUAGAUAGAAGUGCAGUGAGGUGACUCAGUGGGUAAAAGUGGGUCAUUCGAGCCCGAUGACCUGAGCUCAAUUCUUUUCUUUUUUUUUUCGGAGCUGGGGACCGAACCCAGGGCCUUGCGCUUGCUAGGCAACCGCUCUACCACUGAGCCAAAUCCCCAAUCCCCUGAGCUCAAUUCUUAGACCCCACAUAAAGAUAGAAGGAGAGCCUUAGUUCAUGGCCACAAAUACAAAUACAUAUACACAUAACAUUCUUCUUUUUCUCCACCCCCCCCUCCUUCUUCUUGGAAGGGUCUCAUUGUGUAGCCCUGGCUGACCUGUAGACCAGGCUGGCUUUGUUGCAGAGACCCACCUGCCUCUGUCUCCCAAGUACUGGCAUUAAAUGUGUGCACCAUUAUGCCUGGCUUAGCAUAUUUUUUAAAUGUUACACAAUGGGAAACUGAGGCCUGGGGUGCAAAUAGCAAAUGGAUUUAUUCUGUCAUUUAGGGAACCAGUGGUCCUGAAUCCAUAGUCCAGACAUUAGGUAUCCUAAAAGAGAAUCAAUGUUCCCAGGCCAAACUUCUGGCAAAUGCACUGAAGUGGCCAGAAUUUACAGCUGGAAUUCACUAUGUAUGGCUAACAUGUGCUAGGUUCCAGCUGUGUACGGCUAACAUGUGCUAGGUGCUGGCUACACAUGCGACCUUAAAUGCCAAGUUGCUCACAGACCCACCCCAUGGCCACUUGGCCUGGGGAUCACAGGUGAGAGGGAGCAAAGGGCAGCUGGGUAGGCAUGGAUCCAGUGGGGUGUGCCCAGGCACCUCCUCAUUGCUGUCGUUGUCUUGCAGCAUUUCCUCCGCCAGGCCCAAGGACUACACCCUGUCCUGAGCUCUGACAGAAUGAAAGGCCGGCAAUGGCGGUACACUCAGCUGCCCACAGAAAUGGAGGACACACUAUCUGGGGAGGAGGGUGAGGAGGAGGAAGAGGAGGAGCCAGCCCCAGCCCCCCAGGACCCUGUGGAGCCUCAACUGACAGAAGCCAGCCAGGUCCUAGGUGCCUCAGAGAUUAAGCAGCUCAGUCUCCACCUGCCCCCGAGAGUCACUGGCCACCCCUGGAAUCUGAUCUUCUGCACGUCAAGGGAUGGUUUCAGUCUGCAGCGACUAUACCGACAAAUGGAGGGUCACAGCGGGCCAGUACUGCUGCUGUUGAGAGACCAGGAUGGCCAGAUGUUUGGUGCCUUCUCCUCCUCAGCUCUCCGACUCAGCAAAGGCUUCUAUGGUACUGGAGAGACAUUCCUCUUCUCCUUCUCCCCACAGCUAAAGGUCUUUAAGUGGACAGGGCACAACUCUUUUUUUGUGAAAGGAGACCUGGACUCACUGAUGAUGGGCAGUGGAAGGUGCGUGUCUCUGUCCCCCACAUCCUGGGGUAGCCCGUGUCCCUCUCCCAAGGGUGCUGCAGGUGGAAUGGGCAGGCUGCCUUCCUCUCAUGCCCUCUGGCAUCAGCACCACAGCCCAUCCCCAGAGGGCCACAUGCUUAGUGACAUCUUAGUCUGAAGUGAGUGGGGACAUCCACGUGGAUGUGAUUAGAGUCGCAAGAUGGGGAAACCCCAGAGUUCUGAGGUCCAUGCGACAAGACUCGUUAGGAGAUGUGCAGCCUGCACGUUUUGGAACAGGAGUGGGAGUUUGGCAGAAACGAGUGAAGGGUAUUCUUACCCUGGUGUGCCCUUGACAUGGAAGCACAUUAAGUUGUUCCCUGAAGGUAAAACAAAAGCAUUCUGCAUUCAGCUCAGCUCCAUGGAGGGGCAACAGGACCCAGGGUCCAUUGGCCAUUGUUGACUACUGACCCACUUCCUGUUUCCAGCCUGGGUUCUUUCUCUUGUUUCUUUUUAAAAAGAUUUAUUUAUUUGUUUGUUUUUUCUUUUUUUCGGAGCUGGGGACCGAACUCAGGGCCUUGCACAUGCUAGGCAAGCGCUCUACCACUGAGCUAAAUCCCCAGCCCCUAUUUAUUUUAUUUAUAUGUUAGUACACUAUAGUUCUCUUCAGAUACCUCAGAAGAGAGCAUCCCAUUACAGAUGGUUGUGGGCCACCAUGUGGGUGCUGGGAAUUGAACUCAGGACCUCUGGAAGAGCGGUCAGUGCUCUUAACUGCUGAGCCAUCUCUCCAGCUCCUGGGUUCUUUCUCAAAUGUGAAGAUUAGAGUGUUGUAAAGCUGGGUGGAGGUGAUGGCUCUGUACCACAGUAUACAGUUCUUAAAGCCAAGGGACUGUUUUUUUUAAAAAAAAAAAAAAGCCACACAUCCUGAUAAACUGGUGUAAGGGAUGAGGACAGCCAUGGCUGAGGGAGCUACAACGGUGCCAUGAUUUCUUGUGUGUGUGUGUGUGUGUGUGUGUGUGUGUGUGUGUGUGCACGCACAUGGCCAUGGCCCAUCUCCACUAUAUCACUGACACUGGCAGUCCUCACCAUCUGCCCUUGCCCUCCCUGUGCUAGGGCCACAGGAGCAUGUGACCUGCCUGGCUUUUUAUGUGGGUGCUGGGGGCAGGUCCUUGUGCUUGCACAGCCGACGUUACCUACAGAGCUGUCUCCACGGCCUGUUCCCUCUCUUCAGUGGCCAGUUUGGGCUGUGGUUGGAUGGAGACUUGUACCAUGGUGGAAGUUACCCCUGUGCUACCUUCAACAAUGAAGUGCUGGCCCGGCGGGAGCAGUUCUGCAUCAGGGAGCUGGAGGCCUGGGCUCUAAGCUGACACCUCCCCGGACCCGAGAUGCUUGGGUCACUUUUGGAUGCUGUCCAGCAAUGCUCGUACAGGACAGCCAUUCUGCCUGACUCAAAACGGGGAAGAGCCCUCAUGUGGACUGUGGCUCUCAGCCAGUCUCCUUAUGGCUCGAAAACCCAAGAACAGGGGCAGCCACUGUUCUCCAGCAGAACUGAUUAUAAAGGUGUGAAAGACGCUCUUACUGAAGGAGUGUAAAAUUUGUCUUUUCGGGAUUUGACGAUCCCUAGAAGACCAAAAAACAAAAGAAAAUAAAACAAAAUCCUACCCCCCCAUAAA